UCGUACCGUCUACAACAGUGGUCACUACAGUCCCACUGUCCAGCGAGGCCCAGGUUAGUUUGCAACAGCCUGUUUCAGUGGCUAUGCAGCCGCUGCAUCAAGCACCUGGGCCCAUGCAGCCGAUGCAGUGGAUGCCCAAGAUACCUUUAAUGAGUCCCAAGCCUUUCUCUGGAGACAAGAAGAGGGAGGAAGACUUCGACACCUGGGUGAGGACUGUGCCUACUUAUGUGAGGCACAAGCUCACAAGGCUAGAACAGGAAGUGGUAAUGGCUGCCUCCUUUUUAGAAGGAUCAGCAGCCCGCUGGUUGAAUGGCUUGGUGCAGCAACAGGGCUACGGUCAGGAUUUCGAUGUCUGGGCUCAGUCUCAGACAUUGGAACAGUUCGUACGGUCCGUCUACAACAGGUGGAAUGACCCGCAAGGGGCUCAAAAGGCCACCGAUGCUAUCAACAACCUUUGUUCCCGUAGGUUCAAGGAUGUUAGAGAGCUUACAGACACCGUAAAACGCCUUCUCGUGGUACCUGGUGUGCGUUUUGACCCGCAGGUUCUCCUAACGGAUUACCUAAGGUGCCUACCUACAGAGGUAAGGACCAAGCUGGUUGAUGAGGCCUAUAUCGACCAGCACACUUUUGCUUCUUUUAGUAAGAAAGCACUGGACAUAGAGGCAAAGCUAGGAUUUGCGCAUAAGGCAUCCAAUGAUGGUAGGAAGAGACUGUCCCAAGAUUGGAAGAAAAGGGGUCAGUUAAUGUUCGUUGACCACGAUGGUCAAACGACGGAGAUUGACGACUACUCAGAUCUUGGGGAGUUCACAGAGCACGAUGGGGGUGGUGAGACUUCAGAUGGUGGAGUCGUGACACCCAUCAAAGAAAAGGCUAGGGGGACCGGGAAGAAGAAGGUAGUACGGUCCACGGGUCAGGGCGACCAAGGAACAUCCGCAUGGGUGAAGAUUGGUUUAGAAUACGAGAGCACAUUAGAAAAACUCAAGAUGAGGGUUUUUGUCUUAGGCGAGGGGGGAGGUGCGAUGACCGUAGUGGAGGUGGUGGUGGAUGAAGUCCGAGGCGUGAAUGACGUGCUAGCAAAGAGAGCGGUGGAGGUGGAGGAGGAGGUAAUAGAGGUAGAUAUGGAGGCAGAGGGUGGGGGAAGGGUGAUGGAGCCCGAAGCGGAGGAGGGGGACGUGGUGGUGACGACCUGGAUGAUGGAGGAGGCAUGUUGUUGUUCGGGGGUGGUUAUCGCACUGGAAAGGUCAGAGAGGGACGCUUGGAGGGAGUCGAGGGUGGCCUUCAUUGAGGUGAUGAGGGAGAAGAGGGUGAAAGAGUAAGCGGGGGCCUCAUGGGCGUCAGCCUGUUUGCCAAUGAG